AUGUUUUCGCUUCAAGUUAAUAUUCCUGCUAAUGCUAAAUGGCCACAGAGCGGAGUGACUAUUGCUGGAGGUAACGGGUAUGGGGGUGCCACUAAUCAACUCUACUUCCCUCUUGGUCUUUUCGUUGAUGAUGAUCAAACAGUGGUUAUUGCUGACAACCAGAAUGGUCGUAUCAUGCAAUGGAAGAACAGUUAUACAACGAACGAACAAGUUGUUGCUGGUGGUAAAGGCCAAGGAACUCGAUUACAUCAAUUGGAUCGUCCAACUGAUGUAUUAAUUGACAAAGAGACGGAUGGUCUCAUUAUUUGUGAAGGCAGCCGAGUUGUACGAUUGUCUCGCCGUAGUGGUAUAACACAAGGUGAAAUACUCAUCGACAACAUCAAAUGUUGUGGAUUAGCAAUGGAUGAGCAGAGAUAUCUCUAUGUGGGUGUGUGUGUGGGUGCUGAGAAGAUUAUCACACAACAGCCACAACCACAUGGUGGUUGGAUGGAUAUAGCCUAUGCAAAAAGGCGCGCGCUUCAUUUUGUGUCAGGUAAAUACGAACAACCAAUAAAUAUAUUUUUGGUUAGACGCAGUUUCGAACAGUCUCUCACUAAUCGAAUGGGUUCUUUUAUGAGCUAUGCAAAAAUGAAGGAACAACCCAGUCGAAACUCAGGUAACGCACAGAUAUUUUUUCAACUUUGA